CUUAUUUCUGGAUAAGAAAAUCUUAUCUAGCAACGACUGCAUUCAAACAUAAAACAUCCAUAACCAUCAGUAAGCACAGUACUCAUAGCAUUGGAAGCCAUGGAAACCGGCCUCAUUUGUUCAUCCCAAACUCCUCGCCACCUUUCAAGUCCUCCUCCAUGGAAGCCCAGAAGCCCAUUUCUCCAUCCCACAACCCUGCUAAACCUAAAGCAUCCCAUCAAAAGCACACUCAAACCGCGGGCCAAUGCCGCCAAAGGCUUUACAGGUAAACCUCCUACCCCCCUAAAAGAAACUGCCACUCGUACUGAAAAAUCCAACAAAACCAAUAGCGAUGACGACGAAGAAGUUCCGCAAGUCGUGUACAACAGAAUAAUAGCAAGAAUAUUGACGUUUGUUGGGGUGCCUAUGGCCGUUGGUUUAGCGUUGUUGCACAUAUUUGGUGUGAUUAAGGAGCAACAUAUGUGGGAUUUGCCACUAUGGAUCCCUUUCACGACAACGUUUAUAACCUUCGGGGCAUCGACCAUGGGGAUUGCCUAUGGGGCUCUGUCGACAAGUUGGGAUCCAGAGAGGAAAGGUUCAGUUUUUGGGUUUGAAGAAGCUCAAAAGAAUUGGGUUGAGAUGUGGAAGGAGGAGGACAUGAGAGCCUGAGGAGACGAUCGGCCUAUGGAUCGACGAUGAAGGCGGGUCGUACGCCUAAUGGAAAGCACGUCGACUGAUUUGAUCUCUUUUCAUUCACCAUGUCUUCGCAAAUCAUCUCAACCACACCCACAAGAGGGGGGAGAAAGUGAUAAUUAAGUUAGUUAUUUUGAAAAGGGAAGUUAUUGUUAGUAUUGUUGUAAGAAAUAUGUUAAUGGGCUGCAAUUUUUUAUCUUUUCUAAACCAGUGAUCGAUUUAAUUUGUUCUUUCUUCAAUCACGAGUACUUAUUCGGAGCAUGUACAAAUUUUCAGCUGAUAUUGUUCCCCCUCAAAGUGAACCGAGGAAGGAAAUUGAGUUUGGGCCGUUCGUACGUAGUUGCUCAAAGGGGGAAGACUUGGGGAUUUUGUGAGCAAAUUGCAUAUAUAGAAGCUGAAACAUGACGAGUUGUUAGGAGGCAUAUAGCCACUGAUUUUUCACAUGUACAGUAAAAAUGUGUUCGUUGAUGCAUGAAACACCGGAUUAACAGUAUCUAGAGUGUGCUUGGAUCGUCAUAAAAUAAGACUGAUUGUGAGGAAAUUUAUGGAGACUCAAAAGGCAUGACAAAUUACUUUUUUUAUUACGUAUUUAUUUUUUGUGUGA